ACGUGACUGCAAUACCUCAAUUCAGGUCUGAGAAGCGCUUGAUCGCUGUAAGACCCUUUGGUGCCUGCUGGGGGAGUGGACGAGAGCAGAGAUGAUCUCAUUAUUUUAAUGCUAUUUAAACAAUUGCCUGGCGCGUUCACUUUAUUGUAAGGACUUGCAGAAAGGAAAAAGGACGUUUGCUUUUUAACGCACCUUAUCAUAUACAUCUUUUUAAAACGUUGCUGUAAGGAAUAUUAGGAUGGUAAUCAGAGUUUUUAUCGCUUCUUCAUCUAGCUCUGUUUUGAUCAAGAAAACACAACAGGAUGUGGUGGGGUUCCUGGAGGCCAACAGGAUUGAGUUUGAAGAGGUUGAUAUAACCAUGCUGGAGGACCAGAGAAUGUGGAUGUAUAAACACAUACCUAAAGAGAGGCUUCCAGCUAAGGGGAACCCGCUCCCACCACAGAUAUUUAAUGAUGAGCAGUACUGUGGGGAUUAUGAGGCAUUCUUUGAGUCUAAGGAGAACAACACAGUCACUACAUUUCUAGGACUAAAUCGCAGACCUUCGGUAAAGGAUUCUGAAUCUUAGGUUUUCUACUCCAGGGGUUUGAGCCAUCACACAGGAAGCUCUUGGCAUUUCUGCAUUACUUCACAUCCCAAUCCUGAUCAUUCACAGAGCUGCUGCUGCUGCUUUACCAACUGUCGCUGCAUUAUUUUUGUUUGCCAGAAGCUCCAGGAAGCCUAUGUUUUGCUAUAUAUAUAUAUAUAUAUAUAUAUAUAUAUAUAUAAUAUUUUUCUUAAUCAAGCAGUUGGGCAUCACUUUUGCCAAGAUCUUAAACACUACUACUUUGGAAUCAUGCCUUGCACAACAUUUGAUUUAAUACAAAAAUGUGUAAAUUGAAGGUUAUAUAAAUUAUUUACUUUUGCAAAAGACAUCUUGAUUUACCAGAAAUCAAUUGUGUAACCUCAAGUGAUGUAGUACUUGCUGACAACCUUCAACUGAACAUGACUGACAGUCAAAGAGUUACUUUCUCUUCCAUGGGCCAAACAAAUUGAAAAUAUUUUCAUAUUUUUGUUUAAAUUAUGAAUGUAAAUCAAAUGGGUAUGCAAAGCAAAAAUUGUAAAAGGAAAUUAUCAACUGCAUUAAAACACACAGGGAGGGAGGGGGUAGCAGUGGUGAGGCCCAAUUAAAAAUUAUUUUGAUCAUUAGUUAUUAAUAAUUAAAGUUGAUGUUCAUGAAUUUUUUUUCUGAUUGACUUUCUUCAAAUCUGUUUCAUGAAUUUCAAGCUCUAUUUAAAAACAGACUUUAAAUAACUUAACAUGUUAAAUUUAUUAUGAGACAGUGCAGUGAACCCAAGUUGUUUCCUACCAGUUUUGUAACAUACAGAAGAAAAAAAAGCUCUGCAAAUCAGUACACUACCAUUUAAUCUUUUCAGUCAAUUCUCCACACAGAUAGUACAUUUAAUUGCUUAAUCUAAACAUUUGGAAUAUAAUUAAUGUAAGUGACUAACAUUCAUUGUGCUUCCAUCAGUAUUGUUUCAUUUUCCAUACUGUUGUGGUGGUUGAAUGAAAGCCAUUGUGAAAUGCUGUUUAUUUAAGGGACACUGAACUUUCCCCACAUAAUAUAAGAGGACUCUGUCUGCUUUUUUUAUUUUCUACAUGGGUGUUCAUCAGAAUUGCCAAGAGAAUUUUAGUCAUCUGUUCUUAAUUGUUGUUCCAGCUAAGAUAAAUUAUUUUCUUUUCUGUCAAUUCCAGAGAUCAUAGAUUUCCUGUUGUGUUUUUUUUAAAUUGUAUUUAUAUUUGUUGCUGGACAUCGUCAAAGAAUAUUUUUUUUAAAUUCAAAUGGACCAAUCCAGUGUAUUGUUAAUGGACCAAUGAGUUGCAAAGGCCUAAGUUAUUUCUCACGUCUUCUAUCUAUAACAUUUAAACACUGCAUGCAAUAUAUAUAUAUAUAUAUAUAUAUAUAUAUAUAUAUAUAUAUAUAUAUAUAUAUAUAUAUAUAUAGGUUUUUAUUCAUUUUUGCUUGAAACCCACGUUUGCUGUAAAAUUCCUAUAAAGUACAUUAUUUUUUCAUAGAUCAGGGAGUACUUAACCCAGCAUGGCCAAAAAAAGUUGGUUAGUAGAGUGUGCAAUAAAAAUAUAACAAAAAGACAAUGAAGCAGUUUACCCAUGAGCACAAGCCAAAGAAUAAUAAAAUAUGUGUGUAAUAGAGGAAAUAUAUAGGCGAUAGAAUUGUCUUUAUUCAUAAAUUUUUUAAAAAAAAGUUAAAUGUAUUUGAAAGACUAUAUGAAUAAAUAUGCAGUUUAAUGUUUACAGUAUUUUAUGGAGUAUGGUUAUAUGCUCUUUGCCAGGUAUUCUGUUUGUGUGAAUGUGAUUUAAAACCACUUACUGGUAUUUCAUUUUCAGCAUCACUCAUUACCAUGCCAAACACAGAUGAACCCUGAAUAAUCUGUUAAUCAGUUUUUCAAUGUUUAGUUUUUUUUGUAUCUCACAGCACAUUUACUGUAGAAAGCAAAAGCAGGUGUAUUACAACAGAGGUCUUUCAUUUGUUUAUUGUGGUGGAAAAGUUAUGUGUGCCUUUUAAAUAUGUUUGUUUUUCAGACUCAGUGAUGUAAUAUAACUAUGGUAAUCUGAUUUCCAGUGUGGGGGACAUGUAUUGUACAAAUUCACAAGUUCAUUAUGUGUAUUAAAUAAUAUUGUGUUUAUUACUGUUCAGUUCAGCACAAAGACAAUGAGUGCUGAUGUGCACUGCUGUUUAUUGUCAGCAAAGGUCUCUGUUUUUAAUGGUUUAAUGUUUGCUAUUACCAAUGUUAUAAUCACUAUCAAAAUAAAACAGAAAAUCGUGUCUCUUA